ACAUCAUUCCCGCAGCGAACCAAACAAAAUAAAGAGAAAUCCGGCGAAAAUGGAGGCCCUGGAUAUUCUGGAGAAGCGCAUCGACGCCCUGACGCGAGUCCUGGGUCCCGUGCAGGAGGCGGAGGCGGGCGAGGGCGUGGUCGACGCCCUGUGCUCGGCACACGCCCUCCUGGGCGAAGCCACCACGGGCAGUGCUCCACUGCAGCAGUGCGUCAAGCGAUCCGGCGAACUGGAGAAGUACCUCGAUCCCAACUUCCUCGAGGAGCAGCAGGAGGUGCGCGCCAAGGAGGUGUACCUGCAUGCCGUGGCGCCCGAACUGCACACCCAGGCCGAGCAGCUGGAGAGGAUCAGGCAGCUGGAACCCGCUCUCGGGGCGGAGUACUUUCGCAGCAUUCCCGCCGAGUGCCUGGAGCAGCUGAAGGGCAUCACCCAGAACAACGGGGAGUACGCCCAGCAGAGCGAGCUCAUCGAGGAGAGCCUCGUCCUGGCCAUGAAGCGCUACGGCGAGAUCCAGGCGGGGCUGCUCAGCUCCCUGGAUGCGAUGAGCGACCGGCUGGACCAGGUGGAGGAGCGCAUGGAGCAGCGGAAGCGGGCCGAGCUCAACAAGGAUGUGCCGCCGAAGGAUUGAGCGGAGAACGCUCCAAAGACUGCUGAAAGUAUUUUAUACGGCCCGGUUU